AGUUGCAGCACACUUCUAAGGAAAGCCCAAACGCAGGAGUUCAAUUUAUUUUAAAUGAAUUCUGUGGAUCUGCCGCAUUUUUCCUGUAUCCGUUGCUGCUGAGGAGAUAGCCUACACUGUGUCAUAGCCGAAGAUUAACAUGUUUUGCUUCCUAACUGACUAACCAGAAACAGAAAUGGAUUUGCGAAGCACGCCCUAUCGCUCUGAAGUGGCUCGCUGGUCGCCCAAUGAGUUGGCAGACUACUUUAGGAGGUUAAACUUUAAGGAUUGUGAGAAAGUUGUUAGGAAACUUAACAUAACUGGACAAAGAUUUCUGAACAUGUCUGAAAAUGAUAUUCAGAAGUUUCCAAAGCUAAAAGUUCCCAUUCUGAGCAAACUAAGUCAGGAAAUAAACCGACAUGAAGAAAAAAGAAGCAUCUUUCCAAAAAGAACACAGAAAUCUCCUGAACAUACAGAAUAUAAACCAGAGGAGGGUGAUGGCUGGUCCUCCUUCGACGAAAGUGAUGAUUAUGAAAGCCCAGAUGAAGAUCAGACUGGAGAUGGUGUUGAUUAUGAAACACCCAAUGAUCAAGAUGGGUUUGAGGAUGAAAAUGAUGCAGAUUAUGAACCUCCUCCAUCAAACAAUGAGGACAUUCUCCGCAAUGCUAUAUUUCCUCACAAACCAAUUCCAGCCAUUUCAGACUACAUAGACAGACCUGCAACAGAGAGGGGUAAAACAUCUCUCCAGCCUCCUGUUCCCCCACAGAGGCCUGCCCACAGCCCCAUUCCAGGAGGAUCUCGAAGCAGAGUCCAUGGGACACCUUUCAGUUCUCCUUCAAGCAAUAAUGACAGUUACAGAGACAAAAGUACAAAUCUCUUUAAACCACCAGUCGAUCGAAGCAAAAAACCACCAAUGGAUCGACCUGGGCCAACCUUUGAGAGAGAAAGUCUUGGAGCUGGCAAACGAGCUUUUCCUGAAAUGGCUCUGACACCAAAGCUCAGAUCUCUGGCAGAAGACUUGGCAAAGAUACAGAAGCCUCCUCUGCCACCCACUGACAGAUUCGAAAAAAAUAGUCCUUCCUCUAGAAGAAUGCCGCCACUCACAAAGAGCAAUCAGAUGCUUGAAAGACAGACAGAAAUGGAAUCUGACAAUAUUCUCCAAAGGCCAGUUCCACUGCCAUCACCCCAGCCCUUCAACACCUUUCCUUCCAGAACCACUAAGUCUAAUAUAAUUCCUUUACCACCCAAAAUGAAGCCUGAUCUACACACAGAAAGCUUUCCCUCAAGUGCAUCAUUACCACCACGUCUUCUGCCAAGUAAUCUGUCCAGAAACUUUUCCAAAACCCCAGCAGAUGGCAGACCACCAUUACCAAUUCCCAAUAAACCAAAUGCAGAAUUUCCUAAAGCUGAUAAUGAAAGAAUGGAACACAGUCAUAAGGGUCAACAAAAUCAGAAGUGGUAUGUUGCUGAUAUCACGCGGUCAGAUGCAGAAGUUGCACUUAGAAAUAUAAACCAGGAUGGUUCAUUUUUAGUAAGAGACAGCUCCAAAAAAUCAGUUGAGCAGCCAUAUGUUCUAAUGGUGCUUUACCACAACAAAGUUUACAACAUCCAGAUACGUUAUCAACCAGAGACUCAGGUCUACUUCUUGGGAACUAGCUUGAAAGGAAACGAGGACUUCACCUCGGUGACUGAUAUUGUUGAUUACUUCAAACGAAUGCCCCUUCUGUUGAUAGAUGGAAAAGACCGAUGUUCAAAGAAGCAAUGCGUGUUAACGUAUGCUGCUGGAACUUUUUAGAAGUGAAAAUGCAUGAAGAUCAAGUUCCAGCUCAACUUUGUAUUUUCAAGUUAGAGGAGUAACUGAUCUGUGUUGAAUGAACUCUAGAUUUAUAUUAGAGGAGUUACCAAUUUGUGUUGGAUGAACUGAAAUAAUUUAUCUGUUUUUUCAUAUUAUGCUAUGAAGGUUGCUAUUUUAUUAUCUCUCCCCCCCCCCCCCACUUUCCCUUGGUAUGAAAGCCAUUAAGCACAUUCAUUUUUCACUGAAAAAAUUAUAGGUGUGAUAUCCAUUGAUUAAAAUAUACUCUGUAGAAUGUCUUAUUACUGAAUAUUUUUUUCAAGUCUUCUGAACAAUAGUUCUACAUACAUUUUUCAUAUAAAGGUUUAGUAACAGAUUCAUUCAAGAAUAGCUUCACAGAUAUUUCAUGAUGUUAUCAAACCCAGCAUCCCUGCGAAUGUUUGUUCUUAGUUUGUUUAUUUUUGUUUGAGUUUGUUUAUUGAGUUUCAUAUACAAUGGCACUGGUUAAUUGAGAUCAGCAAGAGUCAAAGGAUUUUUGUGUGUGUGUGGCCAUUUUUACUUAAAUAUUUGUUAAAUGAGUCUCUUGAAAUCUUCAUUUGUAUCUUUCCAACAAACCUAUUGUAUAUUAGGAUUUCUCAUAAUAUAAAUAUGUUUAUUUUUUAUUGUUCUUGGAACUAUGAAAUGUAAAUUAAUUUCUGUACCAAUCAUUCAAACUGGGGAUAGGAAACCCUACACCCAAUCAUAUAGGGUUUCCUGCAAGAGGAGAAGACCUCAAGGUCACUUCAACUCUGUCAGUAUGUUGUUAUUGUUAUCUACAUUACCUUUAAUUGCCAAUCUGACCUACUAUGGUAAGAAGUAUAUUUUUAUUAAACUGCCAUUGCAAUUUGUCUGGAUUGUAUUUAUUGGUUAUUA